AUGCUGAGGCGGGCCAUGGCGCUGGCGCUGACCCUCGCCGCGGCUGCCAUGUGGGCCCCGCCGCGCACCGGCCACGCGUGCUCCUCCGCCGCCGGCCGCGUGCCGCACGUGACGAGCGCCCACUCGAAGGGACGCCUCGUGGGGGCGGUGGGGCCCGGCUGCCACUCCGCCAGUUCCACUUCCGCUUCCAAGUCCACCACGCGCAGUUCCAGGCGGGACCGCACCGACGCCACCGGAGCCCCAAUGGCCGCCGCCGAUGCCGCCGGAGACCUCAGGUCGGAGUUCCUCGAGGUGCUGCUCAGCCGCCGUCGCGACCGCCAAGUGCCUAUGACCGUGGAGCAAGGGAGCCCGGUGAAGGAGCCGCUGUACCAAGGCAACGGGCCUCUGGGGCUCAGAGAGGCCAUGGAGUCGUGCCCGAGGAAGGAGGUGGAGGACUUCCAGGAGAAGCUGAUUGAAGAAAAUUUCUACCUGAUGACCGAGUCAGGUGAACAGGGACGCCUACCUGUGCUUCUACUGAAACUUAAUGACACUGCUCCUGAAAGAAAGCCCGUUGUUGUAAUACUGCACAGCUCUUACAAAUGCAAGGAAUGGUUGCGUCCACUGCUUGAGGCAUAUGCCUCCAGGGGUUAUAUUGCUGUCGCCAUCGAUUCUCGUUAUCACGGUGAAAGGGCCAGCAGCAAGACUACUUACAUAGAGGCACUGAAUUCAGCUUGGAGGAAUGGGGACACUAUGCCUUUUAUUUUUGACACGGUGUGGGACUUGAUAAAGCUUGGAGAUUAUCUUAGUGCAAGGGAGGAUGUCGAUCCCUCUAGGAUAGGGAUUACUGGUGAAUCGCUUGGAGGAAUGCAUGCAUGGUUUGCUGCCUUUGUGGAUACACGGUACAGUGUUGUUGUUCCAAUAAUUGGUGUUCAGGGAUUUCAAUGGGCAAUAGAUAAUGACAAGUGGCAAGCUAGAGUUGAUAGCAUUAAGCCUUUAUUUGAAGAAGCAAGAAUUGAUUCAGGGAAGAGUGAAAUAGAUGCAGAGGUUGUGAAAAAGGUUUGGGACAAGAUAGCACCUGGUAUGGCUUCACAGUUUGAUGCUCCCUACUCAGUUCCUCUGAUUGCACCACGCCCGCUCCUCCUCCUAAAUGGUGCUGACGACCCUCGUUGCCCAGUCCUUGGUCUACAAGAACCUGCCUCCAAAGCUGCUGAGGCUUACGAAAAAGCUGGUUCUGCGGAUAAGUUCAAGUUCAUCGCGGAGCCGGGUGUUGGGCACAGGAUGACCGCGAGCAUGGUGAAGGAAGCGAACGACUGGUUCGACCGCUUCCUGUAGAAGGCGGUUCCAAAUGAACAUGGCACCUUGUACUACCAUGCAUGCCUAAUGAAGUGCAUGCCCUCAAUAAAUUGCCCUCUGAUUUGGGUUGCAUUCCUGCUGACCGAGACGGGAAUCAGUUAGCCCAGCUUGAUCAUCAUUACUUCCACUACCUAAUCUCUAAUGCUGGUCAGACGUGGAACAGAAUUGUGCUCCUGUAUUUCUCAAACUGGGAGCGCACAGCUGAUCUGUGGGUGGCCGCAGUUUUAUCUUGUGCUAGUAUCUUGUUUCUGAGACCGUAUUUUUUCACGGACUCCGCAUUUACCGAACCGUAUCUACCGUGUAUACGGUCCGUCCGUACGGCGAGUUUCAUCAGAAGAAAUUAAUUUGUCCCCGUGCUCA